UUUCGAUUUGGUUGCAGUCAUGUUAACAGCUGAUUGCACCCUCACGGUUUCGCUUAUAAUACGAGCAGCAAUGGGGAGUUUAACAGUUUUAAACCUGUCAAGUAACGUGAUCAAGGCCAAAUCUGGAAAUUCAAUAAGUCGCAUUUCAUCAAGCCACACACCAAAGUACUACACCAGUAACAUAAUAUAAUAAAAAAAAUGAUACAUAAGUUGCCUAUCUAUGUCAGCGGUGAAAUCGUUCGCGGAUUUGGUCGUGGCUCUAAGGAACUGGGCAUUCCAACAGCAAACUUUUCCCUGGAUGUGGUUAAAUCGCUACCCGAAUCCUUGCACACGGGAAUUUACUACGGCUGGGCAAAAGUAAACGACAGUGAAGUGUACAAAAUGGUACUAAGUGUGGGAUGGAAUCCUUUCUACAACAACAAGGAAAAGAGUUUGGAAACGCAUAUAAUGCAUAAUUUCGAUUGUGAUUUGUAUGGACAAACAUUAAAAAUUUGUAUAGUUGGCUAUCUGAGGCCAGAACAAAACUUCAGUUCUCUAGAUGACUUAAUCAAAGUGAUAAAGUCGGAUAUAGAAACAGCAAAAGCGUUACUCGACACGACAGAAAAUCAAAAACUACAACAUGCUCCUUUCUUUUCAGCAAAGCAUUAAAAUGUUCAUUGAUUUCGAUCUUCAAGGUGAUUGUGUUAUUCAUUCAGGUACUUAAAUGAUUAAAAUUUCCAAGAUUCACGUGUUAGAUAGAAGCAGAUGAUAUUGUAACUAAGACAAUAUUUGACUUUGAAUUAAAUGAAUUAUUUCUAUGACGAAACUUGA